CACUUGACCUUAUUGAAAAUUUGAAUGAGGUCGUUCCAUUUGUUUUCUUUUAGUCAGGUGGAGUCAGGCUUUACUUGUCAUGUCAAUAAGUUCACGAAACAAUUUGACUACCUAUAACAAUAUUGUCAUAACUCAAAAGUUAAAAAUUGGAGGGUAAAUUUCAUUUACAUGAGCAGAAAUUACAUUAAAUUGUACAAUCGACACGUCUGUCCAUAAUAAAUAAGAACCUGCAAUGCCUGUAAAACUUCUUGUCAAUGUUAUUAUUAAGUUGGGAAUCAGCUGAAGAAACGCAACCAAUUCUCUUUUCUUUUCUAUUUUUCUUCACACUAUAAUGGGUUCUCAAGAUGAACUCCAGGAACCCAUUCUACAAUCACGUUCUCAACCUGCUGCUGUUCUUCACAAUGAAGUGAACUCCAGGCUCGAAAAGGUACUAAACGACACCGAAUUACCCUACUUGAAGCGCAUCCUGUUGGCUUCAGCAAUUGAACUGAAGCUCCUUUUCCGCCUGGCUGGACCUGCUGUUUUUGUUUACAUGAUCAAUAAUCUCAUGUCCUUGUCCACCAGAAUCUUUGCCGGCCACCUCGGCAAUCUUGAACUUGCUGCUGCUUCUCUUGGCAAUAACGGCAUCCAACUCUUUGCCUAUGGCCUCAUGUUAGGUAUGGGAAGUGCAGUCGAAACUCUAUGUGGGCAAGCUUAUGGAGCUCGAAAGUACGAAAUGCUAGGGACAUAUCUCCAAAGAGCAACGGUUGUUCUAACUGUAACCGGAAUACCAUUAACUGUCAUCUACCUUUUAUCAAAGCCAAUUUUGCUUUUAUUAGGUGAAUCAAAGGCAGUAGCCUCAGCAGCAGCAGUGUUUGUUUAUGGUCUAAUACCACAAAUUUUUGCUUAUGCUGUGAAUUUCCCAAUACAAAAAUUCCUUCAAGCUCAAAGCAUAGUAAACCCAAGCGCCAUAAUAUCAGCUGCUACUCUCGUUGUCCACUUAUUGCUCAGUUGGCUUGCAGUGUACAAGCUGGGAUUGGGAUUGAUAGGUUGUUCUCUGGUGUUGAGCUUGUCAUGGUUUAUAAUAGUGAUUGCCCAGUUUGUUUAUAUUCUGAAGAGUGAUAAGUGUAAGUAUACCUGGAAUGGGUUUACCUUGCAAGCCUUUUCUGGGAUUUGGGAGUUCGUUAAAUUAUCAUCAGCAUCUGCAGUGAUGCUGUGCUUGGAGACUUGGUAUUAUCAGAUUUUGAUAUUAAUUGCCGGCCUCCUCAAAGAUCCUGAGAUUGCUUUGGACUCCCUUUCUGUGUGUAUGGGUAUAACUGGGUUGCUGUUCAUGGUCUCAGUCGGUUUCAACGCUGCUGCAAGUGUUAGAGUCAGCAAUGAAUUGGGAGGUGGGAACCCAAAGUCAGCAGCAUUUUCAGUUGUUGUGGUGACUUUGGUUUCAUUCAUAAUUGCAGUUAUAGAAGCAGUGGUUGUGCUUUGUCUACGAAAUGUAAUAAGUUAUGCAUUUACUGAAGGAGAAACUGUAGCCAAGGCUGUCUCUGAGCUAUCUCCAUUAUUAGCCGUCGCUCUCUUACUUAAUGGGAUUCAACCAGUUUUGUCCGGAGUGGCAGUUGGAUGUGGAUGGCAAGCCUUUGUGGCUUAUGUAAACGUGGGGUGCUAUUAUUUGGUUGGAAUUCCAGUGGGAUGUGUUCUUGGUUUUAAGUUUGAUUUUGGAGCAAAGGGUAUAUGGUCCGGGAUGAUUGGAGGAACAGUUAUGCAGACUAUCAUUUUAUUAUGGGUCACAUUUCGUACGGAUUGGAUUAAAGAGGUUGAAAAGGCUAAAAUGCGACUGGACAAAUGGGAUGACGACAAGCAAACACUCCAAAACGAUUGAAGAUGCACAAUCCAUCGUGAAUUUUGAUAUUCACAAACCACUUCCACAUUUUGACAUGAAUUGAGUCUUUUUUUUUUUUUUUCUUUUUUCAAUGAAAAUAAAAUAUUAGACUUACAUGCUUCAA